UGCAAUUCUUACAAAUUUUGAAAAAGAAUAAGCACUAAAAUUCAAGAUGGCUGCCUUUCCACCAAUCCCUCAGAUUGUUGGCAAGCAUGGACCUGUUUAUGAAGCCUACUACAGACAGGCUGACCCAAAUAAUACUGGCAGUCUGGGAGCUCUUGAUGCUGCAACAUUUAUGAAGAAAUCUGGACUGAAAGACAAUGUUCUCUCACAGAUAUGGGAUAUGUCAGACCCUCAUGGUAAGGGGUACUUGGAAAAGACCGGUUUCUUUGUGGCACUUAAGCUGAUUGCUUUAGGACAGAGCGGACAAGAUCCUAGUCCUGCCAAGCUUACAGUAGAUGCACCACAGCCUAACCUUGGACCGUAUCAAAUAGCACCUGAAGUGGAACCAGCUGGUACUACCGGAGCACCAUGGGCUUUAUCGGCUAAUGAGAAAGUCAAGUAUGAUCAAGUGUUUGACAGUCUUCAGCCAGUUAACAAUCUUCUUGCUGGUGACAAAGUAAAACCUGUACUGAUGAACUCAAAGUUACCAGUGGAUGUCCUGGGACGUAUCUGGGAACUAAGUGACAUAGACAAAGAUGGUUACUUAGAUAGAGACGAAUUUGCUUUGGCAAUGCAUUUAGUACAUAAAGGGAUGGCUAAAGAGACAAUACCCCCUGCUCUACCCCCUAACUUAGUACCACCAUCUAAAAGAAAGGGAGUACCAGUAGGUGGUAUGCCAGUGUUGCCUGGAGCUGUGCCGGUACUAGCCGGUCUAGGGGGCCCAGGGAGUGGCCGCAACACACCAACAAUGAGGUCUGACUCCCCAUCAUUGAGGGGUAAAGAUAUAUGGGUGGUGACGCCGGCGGAGAAAAGUAAUUAUGACAUCAUGUUCCGUAAGGCCGACCUUGACAUGGAUGGCUUUGUUUCCGGACAGGAGAUAAGGGAUAUAUUUCUACAAAGUGGGUUACAGAAUAACGUUCUAGCACAUAUCUGGAACCUGUGUGACAUGAAAAGUAUAGGCAAGUUGAAUUCGGACCAGUUCGCUCUGGCCAUGCACCUAAUGCAACAGAAACUGAAAGGUAUAGACCCACCUCCACAAUUGACCCCUGACCUUGUCCCUCCAAGCAUGAGGGCCGGUGGUGCUGCAGACACGGCUGCUUUUGGCGUUGCUGAUGGAGUGACCAGUGCUGGACCUUAUGGACAUGUUGCAGAUUUCUCGGCCAUCAAAGAGCUUGAUAUGAUUCAGAAAGAAAUAGAUGAGAUUAAAAAGGAGAAAUUGAAACUGGAAGCAGACCAGCAACAGCAGACGGCAGAUAUCCGGAUAUGUCAAGGAGAGGUACAGAUGUUAGAGAAGGAAUUAAACAGUAUAACAAGCACACUACAUCAAUUAGAGAGUCAGAAAAUAGAGGCACAAAAAGUUCUUGAUGAACUUGAUGAAAAGAAAUCGGACCUUGAAACAAGUGUGAGAGAAAUCAAGAUGAAAUGCGAUGAUGAACAAAGACAGAUUGAUAUGUUGAAUGCCCAGAUUCAAAAUCAGCAAAAAUCAGCAAUGGAAUAUGAUGAUGAGUUGAAUAAAUUGCGUAUAGAUCUUGGAAACCUCAGAGAAGAGGAAAAUAAGCUGGAACAGAAAGUCGAGAAUGGUAAAACACAACUAGAACAACUGGCAAAAUCACAAAAAGAUGUGUUAUUGCAGGUUAAUCAGACAAAAACACGGGUACAACAUUUACAAGACCAAUAUAGAGCUAUACAACAAGGUGUGACAGAAUUUUCAAUACCACCUGAUCCUGGGACAUUUAUGUCUACACCUUUAAAUAAUAGUGAAGAUCAGACAAGUACGAGGGCUACCGUUGGUAGCCCAGUUAGUACUAUAAGUGAUUUUAGUAUGGGCUCAGCAUUUGAUGAAGACCCAUUUAAAACUAAAGAUCCAUUUGGAGGCGGUGGAAGUCAGCCAGAUCCAUUUGCUGCUGAUGAUCCAUUUAAAAGUAGUGAUCCAUUUAAAUCUGAAGGUUUUACUUCAGACCCUUUUGCUUCAGAUGACCCCUUUAAAGAUGCUUUUCCAUCUAGUAACACAACUAACACUUCUAAAGAUGAUCCAUUUUCUAGUUCAGAUCCAUUUGGCAGUUCAUUUGGAUCAUCUAGUUCUACUAGUAAACAAUUGGAUGCCUUCGAUCCUUUUGGUACCUCAUCUAGUAAACCUCAAAAAUCUAGUGGCGAUUUAUUUGGUAGUGAUCCCUUUGCUCCUUCCCCACCCGCCAAAACACGUUCUGAAUCCCCGCGACCAGCUUUACCCCCAAAACAAAAGAAAGCUCCCCCACCUCGGCCUGCCCCUCCGAAGGGAAAGUCGCCGGUAUCAAGUCCAUCAAAGCCAAAGAAGCCAGACCCAUUUGGAGCAGGUGCGUUUCCUAACGACCCGUUUGGAAGCUCGGACCCGUUUUCUGGAUCAUCUACUACAGGGGUGAGUGGUGGUCAUGGUGGUGGAGAUGCUUUCGCUUCUAAUUUUGCAGACUUUAGCCCUAGCAAGACAUCAAGUGCGUUUAGUGACGACGAAGUAGCCUGGGCGUUUACAUCAUCUACAUCACCUACGCAGUCAUCAGCUUCUAGUAAAAAAUCGAGCGUUAAAUCGCCAAAAUCUAAAUCAAAAUCGAGUAGCAAAUCUAAAAAAAUGACGCGGGAGGAACAAGAAGAGGCCGACUAUCAGUUAGCGUUAAAAUUGAGCCGCGGAGAAAUCUAGUGAUAGUUGUGAAAUUUUAAAAUUGUUAAUAUGAAUCCAACAAAAAUUGAUAAAUUUAGUACUGUUGUAAAAUUGUAAUAUGUUAAAAUGGACCACAAGAAAAAUUGAUAAAUUUGAUAA